CUUGGGAAAAUGUUGGAAACUUUGUGAAGGUUUGUGAUGUCCAGGGAGGUGGAGAAAUCUCAGAAGACUGCUUGUGCAGCUGAGAUGUUUCUCCUCCACCUCAUUUGGCGCACAAACGCUUGGUCACUCUUCCUUUAAUCAGCAGCAGGUUUUUCUUUUUUUAAAAAUUCCAGUUAUUCUCUGAUUCCUUUCUUUCCCUCCCUCCCCCCCACCUUUGCUGAAGAAGACAGAAAUCAUGGCUCUGGCCGUUCUCUCCAAGCCUCACAUUUAGACUGGAGGUCAAGUGCAAAAGAGCAGAGAAAGAAGAGCAGUCGGCGACCUACGACAGUAUAUUCUUACUUGCGCCCCUGCUGUUUUUUGCAUCCUGGGUUUUCAGCAGCCAUGGAAGCUCAAAGGAUUCGGCUAAGCUGACGACCAGCGGGUGCCAGGAGACGUCUGAUCUACGGCCGCCCUAAUCUUUAAUUGAACAAGUGUGAACAGCAGGCUGCUUCUGAAUCCUCAACUCCAGCUCCCUUCUCCGUUGGCUGGUGGACUAUGGUGACAGGAAGAUGUUGGCUAGGAAGAGCAUCAUUCCGGAAGAGUAUGUUCUUGCACGGAUCGCAGCGGAGAACCUGGGCAAGCCACGUGUCCGGGACCGGCCCCGCAAAGCCCGCUUCAUUGCCAAGAAUGGCGCGUGCAACCUGGCUCACAAGAACAUCCGCGAGCAAGGGCGGUUCUUGCAAGACAUCUUCACCACCUUGGUGGACCUGAAGUGGCGCCACACCUUGGUGAUCUUCACCAUGUCCUUCCUGUGCAGCUGGCUUUUCUUUGCCAUGGUGUGGUGGCUGGUGGCCUUUGCCCACGGAGACAUGGACAAGCCGUGCGUGGGAAACGAGGACGUCAGCAAGUGGAAGCCAUGCAUCACUUGCGUCAGGUCCUUCACCUCUGCUUUCCUCUUCUCUAUUGAGGUCCAAGUGACCAUUGGUUUUGGAGGCAGGAUGAUGACUGAAGAAUGUCUUAUAGCCAUCGGGGUCUUGAUGUUCCAGAACAUUGUGGGCUUGAUUAUCAAUGCCGUCAUGCUUGGUUGCAUCUUCAUGAAAACAGCCCAGGCACACCGAAGAGCAGAGACGCUGAUCUUUAGCCGGAAUGCGGUGAUUGCCGUUCGUAAUGGCCAUCUGUGCUUCAUGUUCCGGGUGGGAGACCUGAGGAAAAGCAUGAUCAUCAAUGCGUCGGUGCGAAUCCAAGUUGUUAAGAAGACUACGACCCCAGAAGGAGAGAUCAUCCCCAUCCACCAGUUAGAUGUUCCGGUUGAUAAUCCAGUGGAGAGCAACAAUAUUUUUCUUGUAGCUCCUUUGAUUAUCUGCCAUGUCAUUGACAAGCGGAGUCCUCUCUACGACCUCUGUGCCAAUGACUUGGCCAGCCAAGACCUAGAAAUUAUCGUAAUACUUGAAGGUGUGGUGGAAACCACGGGGAUCACCACCCAAGCUAGAACAUCCUACAUAUCGGAAGAGAUCCUGUGGGGCCACCGCUUUGUGCCGAUCGUCACGGAAGAGGAAGGGACUUACGCAGUGGACUACUCCAAGUUCGGCAACACGAGCAAAGUGGCAGCGCCCCGUUGCAGUGCCAAGGAGCUCGACGACAAGCCUUCCAUUCUGAUCCAGACACUCCAGAAAAGUGAGCUGUCCCAUCAGAACUCUUUGAGGAAACGGAAUUCAAUGCGGAGGAACAAUUCCAUCAGACGGAAUAACUCCAUGAGAAGGAAUAAUUCUUCCUUCAUUGUGCCCAAGGUCCAGUUCAUGACCCAUGAAGGAAGCCAGAGCACCUUGGAGACAUGACAGAUCUGGAACAGAUCACACGGAGCUCUUUGGCGGAAUCAAAUACUUUCCUUUUUAAUUUAUGUAAAUACAAUAUAAGCAGUAGCAACUUGGCAUAAGCAUGUAAUACGGUGGCUCCCAACUUUGGGUAAGCCAGGUGUUCUGGGACUGAAAAUCCCAGAAGUUUUUG